GCCAAAAGGACACCCAGCUCAUUGGUAGUCUUUGCUACAUUUAUGCAAGCAAGAACAAAUUCCAGCAGUUCGAAAUUCGCAGAUCACACACCAAAUGGCUAAGGAUUGCCGAAUAUACGCUGUUUUCUGUCAUUUAGACGCAGUGAAGCUCAGCACUGCGCAAUCUUUUCGAAAACACGAAGCGUAAUGCGAGUUCUAUUUUGGAGGUAAAGAGAAAGAGUGAAUGCCUUGAAAACAUUCACCACGGACCUUUUUUUCCCCUCUCAUUAUUAGAAUCUCAAGGCUCAAGGCAUUAACAACUUAGUAACCAGAGACUUGCACAGCAUCAGGCAACAACAUUUCAAAUCAAAGGAAUCCGAGUCCAGUGAAGUUCUCAACUUUGUCAACAACUUGAAAACAAAAGGUUACAUUGCCAAGGCUAGAGCCAAUUCCAACAAUGUCGUUGACAUGGUUUUUUUUUGCAGAAUCUGAGGCAAUUGUGGAAGCUCGUCGUAUGCUUGAGUGCAUUGUAAUUGAUACCACGAAUAAGACCAACUCCUACGGGUUGACGUUGCUCAACAUUGUCGGCACGAGUAACACUAUAGGCGACGUAAGAGAUACCUUAACAGCGUAUCAUAUUGCGGGAGUGCGGAUGGAACAUGAGAAAACCGAGAACUAUUUGUGGACUCUGUGUUUCUUGACGCUCUGAUCGCAAACAUCUCUUUGGAGCUUCCAAAUGUGUUUAUUACGGAUAACGAAUCUGCUUUGCGACGGGCAAUUGCAACGGUCUUCCCUUCACCAAAUACACUACUGUGCUAUCUUCACCUUUUAAGAAACGUUCACACAGCACGAAAAAUU